AUGGGGAGCGUGACGUUCAGGGACGCAUUUCAGGCCAUGCUUGACAGUGUGCGAGUCCCGUUCGAUCAAUGUCUUCGUAUCAUCCAGGACAAUAUACAACUCGAUCCACACUUCGUCGACUUCUAUCACUGGGCGAACGAACAUAAUGUUCCUAUAGUUAUUCUAUCCUCAGGAAUGACGCCCAUUAUAAAUGAACUAUUGGUGUCUCGGCUCGGCAACAAGCUAGAAAACAUCUUCGUCGUUGCAAACUAUGUCGAGCCUCGCAGCGGUAAGCAAAUCAACGAGGAUGGUGGAUGGCGCAUCAAAUAUCGCGACGAUAGCGUGUUUGGCCACGACAAAUCGCUAGAGAUAAAGCCGUACGUUGCGUUAUCUAAUGAGCGUCGUCCUCUACUACUGUAUGCAGGAGAUGGCGUUUCAGACUUGUCUGCUGCGUCGGAAACCCACAUCCUCUUUGCAAAGGAUGGUUUGGUCGCCAGACCUAACGACCAGCGGGCCGCUGCGGGCCGGUCCCGUGGCAUUUGCCAAGACCCAGGCUGA